CUAUAGAGGCGGCAGUGGUGGCGGCGGCAGCGAGGUUAAGCCGAGUCUGGCUGGAGCCCGCUCGGGCUCCGGCGGUCGGGGCCGGCGGGAUGAACGUCCGAGGCGGACGCGGGGCCCCGGGAGCCGGCGAGGAGGGCGGCGACGACGACGAUGAAGAGGACGACGAGGAGCGAGAGGGCGUCACCCAGAUCUUCCCGAUAUCCCGACUGCCGCCCAUCUCCGGCUACGUGCCCGAGGCCGGCCGGAGGAAGGUGAAAAAGAAGAAAAAGAAAAAGAAGUCGCAGGCCAGCGGGCUGAGCAAGGCCUCCGGCAAAGGCGACGGUUCCAGCAAAGAUCUUGGCUCCAAACUAGAGUCUAUGAAAGAGCUUAAAAAAGAGAAAGAGGAAAAUAAGCAUCUCUCUUACUCCUCCUCUGGGAACACUGCUGCCUUUUCUUCAGCCGAAGUAGAAGAGAACCUUUCCACCAAGAUCAAUGAGAGUCUCCGUUGGGAAGGUGUCCUUGCAGACCCGGUAGCAGAGGAAGAACGAAUCCGCAUCUAUAAACUCAAUAGAAGAAAACGUUAUCGACUCUCGGCUCUGGAAGGAUUCUGCCAGACUUCGAGCGUCCCGGAAGGGACAAAUGAGAAGGCCUUGGUCCUUCCAGACUCAGAGAGCCACACAAACAGCAAACAGCAAGCGGGGAAGGUUGAUUGUCUCAAUUAUUUCCUUGAUGGAAACACAUCUUCAAAGAUCCUCCUCUCUCCAGAAUUAGCAACAACUAGUGUGUCUGAGCAGAAACUUUCUUCUGCUUUGGCGAAUCCAUCCUGAUCCCAGGCGUGUGCGUGUGCGUGUGUGUGUGUGCAUGUGUGUGUGUGUUGUGUACGUGUGUGUAUGUGUGUGUAUGAUAUGUGUUGGGGGGGGAGUGUAUGUGCUAAAAUGAAAUAAUGGAAAUCAGGCCAUUCCUGAAGAGGACAGAUACUUUGUUUUGAUAUUGAGAUCAACAAAAUGUUCUAACAUUCUGAAAUAAAACCACCUCUCUAUAAAAAACAAACCAACCUCAAACCCCAAAAUGGAAGGAUUUCAUUAAGUCAGUCUUUGCUUUCCCUCAGCGCAGCCCAGCCCACGUGAUUCCCUGUUGCUCACUCUGGUCUCUCAAGAGUCCCGGGAGGGUGUGGAUGACCUAAUAAAGCCUCCAUCCUGUCUGCUGUAACCUGCUUCUCUGGAGGCCUGUGCUGCAUAUUGGGAACAAACUGAGCUGGGGUGCAAGUCCUGCUGCCAGUGUCAGCCUUUGGGCCUCCGUUUCCACCCAUUCCAAUUCUAUGGUCUUACAUGGAAUUGGAGGAAAGAAGGGACUCACCAUUU